AUGUCAAUCCAAAAGAUCCAUGCUCGUCAAAUCUUUGAUAGUCGUGGAAAUCCUACCGUUGAGGUGGAUUUGACCACUGCUAAGGGAAUGUUUCGUGCGGCCGUUCCUUCUGGUGCCUCCACUGGUGUUCACGAGGCAGUUGAACUCCGCGACGGUGACAAAACCGCUUACAUGGGGAAGGGUGUUCUCCAUGCUGUCAAGAACGUUAAUGAAAUUAUUGCUCCUGCUCUAUUAAAGGAGAAAUUUAGUGUUACCGACCAGGAAAAAAUCGACGAGUUCAUGAUCAAGUUGGACGGCUCGUCUAACAAAGGCAAGCUAGGAGCUAAUGCCAUCUUGGGUGUUUCUUUGGCUGUCUGCAAGGCCGGAGCUGCUGAAAAAGGUGUUCCUCUCUAUCGUCACGUUGCUGAUUUGGCUGGUAACAAGGACGUCGUUCUCCCUGUGCCGUCAUUUAACGUGCUUAAUGGUGGAAGCCAUGCUGGGAACAAGUUGGCUAUGCAAGAGUUCAUGAUCUUGCCCACUGGUGCGAAAAAUUUCACAGAGGCAAUGAAGAUGGGCACUGAAGUCUACCACCAUCUCAAGUCCGUCAUCAAGAGUAAGUACGGUCUGGAUGCCUGCAACGUUGGUGACGAGGGUGGUUUCGCUCCCAACAUCCAGGACAAUAUGGAGGGUCUUGAGCUUCUCAAAACUGCCAUUGACAAUGCUGGGUAUACCGGCAAAGUCAAGAUCGGCAUGGAUGUGGCUGCUUCUGAAUUCUACCAGAACGGCAAGUAUAAUUUGGACUUCAAGAACCCCAAUGCAGCUGCUUCCUCCAUCGUCCCUGGGUCGAAGCUGGCUGAGAUUUACAUGCAGAUGCUCUCCAAAUACCCAAUUGUUUCGAUCGAGGAUCCCUUCGAUCAGGAUGACUGGGCCGCCUGGACUGAAUUCAAUGCCAAGGCUGGGAUUCAGAUUGUUGGAGACGAUUUGACUGUGACAAAUCCCGAACGUGUGCAGCAAGCUAUUGACAAGAAGGCUUGCAACGCUCUCCUGUUGAAGGUGAAUCAAAUAGGGUCGGUGACAGAGUCUAUCAGAGCUUGUAAAAUGUCGCGAGCUGCCGGGUGGGGUGUAAUGGUGUCGCACCGCUCGGGUGAGACGGAAGACCCUACAAUCGCUGACAUUGUUGUUGGUCUCCGCACUGGACAGAUCAAGACUGGUGCACCAUGCCGCUCAGAGCGUCUGGCCAAGUACAACCAGUUGUUGCGCAUUGAAGAGGAACUUGGCUCCAAGGCCGUCUACGCUGGCGAGCACUUCCGCAAUCCUUUGUAA